GAGCCCGCCCCUCAGAGGGGACCGGAAACGCUGGGCCUGGUCCGGAAGUACUGCUGACUGGCGCACGUGAGCUGCAGCAUGGCGGCGCACCGUUCCGGCCCGCUCAAGCAACAUAAUAAAGCUCAUAAAGGCGGGCGGCAUCGAGGUCGAGGAUCCACACAGCGAGAUGGCAAGGGCCAUGUAGGACUGAAAGUCCUAUGCAAGAAGGUGAGAAAGGAGCUCAGCAGAGUAGACCAGAGGCAUCGCGCCAGCCAGCUCCGAAAGCAGAAAAAGGAGGCGGUUCUGGCUGAGAAGAGACAGCUAGGCAGCAAAGAUGGGGCUCCUCAUCAGGUGCUGGUGGUUCCUUUGCAUAACAGAAUUUCCUUGCUUGAAGCCCUUCGCCUGCUGCAGGAUAGGGACACAGGAAUUGUGCACCUGCAGGAAUGGGAGAGCACCCAUUGCUUUAUGCUGCUGUGCCCCCGUUUGAAACAUCGGUGGUUUUUUACAUCUGCAAAGCCUGGGGAUCUGCACACGGUGUUAGACAUGGCUAAAGUGGCUGAUACCAUCCUGUUCCUCCUUGAUCCACUAGAAGGCUGGGACAGCACUGGGGAUUACUGCCUUUCCUGCCUUUUUGCUCAGGGGCUUCCCACCUAUACACUAGCUGUCCAAGGGGUUUCUGGCCUCCCACCAAAGAAGCAAUUAGAUUCCAGAAAGAAGCUAAGUAAAGUAGUGGAGAAGCGCUUUCCUGAUGACAAAUUCUUCUUGUUAAACACUCAACAGGAGGCAGGGAUGCUGCUUAGGCAGUUGGCUAACCAAAAGCAACGGCAUCUUGCUUUUCGAGAUCGUCGGGCCUACUUGUUUGCUUAUGCUGCUGAUUUUGUGCCUAGUGAAGAGAGUAACUGGUUAGGCACCUUGAAAAUCUCAGGCUAUGUUCGUGGGCAGACUCUGAAUGUAAAUAGCUUGCUGCAUAUCGUUGGACAUGGUGAUUUUCAAAUGAAGCAGAUAGAUGCCCCCGUGGACCCUUUCCCUUUAAAUCCUAGAGUGAUUAAAUCUCAGAAGGACCCAGGCAUGGCAGUGGAGAUUUGUGCUACAGAAGCUGUGGCUGAUAUGGAAGAAGACCUUAAGGUCCUAAUGAAGGCAGACCCUAGCAGACAGGAGUCUUUGCAAACAGAGGUUAUCCCAGACCCAAUGGAUGGGGAGCAAACUUGGCCCACUGAGGAUGAGCUGAGUGAGGCAAAGGACUUGUUGAAGGAAAGCUCCAAGGUGGUCAAGAAGGUCCCCAAAGGAACAUCCAGUUACCAAGCUGAAUGGAUUUUGGAUGAAGGUGGUGAAAGUUGUGGGGAAGGAGAUGACUAUGAUGAUAUAGAACAUGAGAAUUUUAUGGAAGAGGAGUCUCAGGAUGAGAGUAGUGAAGAAGAGGAGGAGGAAGUAUGUGAAACUAUGACAAUAGGGGAGUCAGUGCAUGAUGAUCUGUAUGAUGAGAAAAUGGAUGAAGAGGCUGAGGAAAAAAUGUUAGAGAAAUAUAAACAAGAAAGACUGGAAGAGAUGUUUCCAGAUGAAAUGGACACACCCCGUGAUGUGGCUGCUAGAAUUCGAUUUCAGAAAUAUAGAGGCCUCAAGAGUUUUCGGACAUCUCCAUGGGAUCCUAAGGAAAACCUUCCUCGAGAUUAUGCUCGUAUCUUUCAGUUUCAGAACUUUACUAAUACUAGGAGACGUGUCUUUAAAGAGAUUGAGGAAAAAGAGGUUGAAGGAGCUGAGGUUGGCUGGUAUGUCACACUUCAUGUCUCUGAAGUCCCUGUCUCAGUGGUUGGGGACUUCAGGAGAGGAGCACCCUUGAUUGCAUUUUCUUUGCUACCUCAUGAACAGAAGAUGUCAGUAUUGAACAUGGUGGUGAGCCGGAACCCUGGCAACACUGAACCUGUGAAAGCCAAAGAGGAACUGAUCUUCCACUGUGGAUUCAGACGCUUCCGAGCCUCACCUUUAUUUUCUCAGCACACUGCAGCGGAUAAACACAAAUUUCAGAGAUUUCUGACUGCUGAUGAAGCCGUGGUGGCAACAGUAUAUGCACCAAUUACUUUUCCUCCUGCAUCUGUGCUGCUUUUCAAACAGAAAAGCAAUGGAAUGCACAGCCUCAUUGCUACAGGGCAUCUGUUGUCAGUGGAUCCAGAUAGAAUAGUCAUCAAAAGAGUUGUUCUGAGUGGUCAUCCUUUCAGAAUUUUUACUAAGAUGGCAGUUGUGCGUUACAUGUUCUUUAGUAGAGAGGAUGUACUGUGGUUUAAACCAGUGGAACUGAGGACAAAGUGGGGCCGCAGGGGACACAUCAAGGAGCCAUUAGGUACCCAUGGCCACAUGAAAUGUACUUUUGAUGGGAAACUAAAAUCUCAGGACACAGUACUGAUGAACCUCUAUAAACGAGUUUUCCCUAAAUGGACUUAUGAUCCAUAUGUACCAGACCCAGUACCUUGGGUGAAAAGUGAGAUUUCUUCAACAACACCUGAAGUGGACAUGGAAUAAUGGAUUCUGCCUUACUGCUGCCAGUUAGCACUUCCAGGAUGGGAGCUUAUGGGUUGUAAUGGGGCACUUUGUGGUUACUGCUUUAGCCUAUCAUUUGGCUGCCCUGUUUACAGAAGACUUUUUUUUGGCCUAACAGAUAUCUCAGUUAAGAAUGGAAGUUUUUCUACUACAACUUAGUUCAAAAAACUAUUAAAUCUUACUGAAAUAUGUAUUCUCCAAUAACAUUUUGGAAACUAAGGAAUAUGGAAAACAAAAAUUUCAUGUAUUUAGAGACAAUCAUAUCUCUUCAUUUUACAUAAAUAAAUGGCUAGUAAGGACCUGGUCUUGCAGCUGGCUUCACCCACGUUAGGGACGUUAAGUCUACAUUUCCACCACUUAGCACAAUACAAAUGUUCUUUACUUCUGGAGAAACUGUUUGAAAGUUGUGAGACAGCACAGCAGCCACUCCAACACCCGCUGUAGGUUCAAUGAGUAGUUUCAUCCUCUCCCACACAAGCUGGGUUGCAUACUGUUGGUACAGAAGGAAGUAUGGAUAAGUGAGGUAAGAGGAGGGCAGAGUCUAGUAGGUUCACUUGUAAAGGCCCAUAAAGGAUGUUUGCUCAGUUUGACUUUUCAUGUUGCUGUGUAUGUAUGCUUGCCAAUGAAAAGCACACAUACAGCUGUCACCCUACCUAAUACUUGCAAAAGGUUUGUCUUAAUAUAUAUAGGCCACACUCCCACAUGUCAUGAAGUCACCUAGUUAAAGCCCUGUGGAUCAGUUCUUUCUCGUAACAAAAGGAACUGUGUUGAAAUUUUUUUGCCUUAGUGACUGCACUAUUGUUACCUGUUGGAGCACUAGUGUUACUUGGUACUCUGUUCUUGUUGGAGCCUUACCUUAAUUUCAUCCUCUGUAACAGUGAAGACAUCAUCCACAAGGUCCCUUAUGAUAGGCCAGGUGUUUGUGCCAAUGCUGGAUUUGACACCAUCUGCUACAGUUUCUGGAGGAUAAGUAUUGGGGGUCAAUUCCCCUUUCAGUUUGGACUGGUAGCAGUCAUCUGCAUUCAAGGGUUCAGCAGCAUAUACCUUCACAGUAGGUUUCAGAGCCUGAGAAGAGGAAUAUUAAGACACCUUAUAACUAACCAUUGCUAUGUGCAUGCCUAAAAUAGGCAGAAUAGGUAAUGCGUUUCUACCUAAGAGUCCUCUUUGACAGCUGUAAUAAAAAUAAGACCUUCAAGCACUUUAUAAAAUAAAUUGUAUGUUUAAUACCA